AUGGAGUUAGAUCUGGCCAGGGAUGUUAAGAACAAGUCUCUACAGAAUCUUCCAUUUUCUGUGGACAACAAAUGGAGAUUACUUGUACUAAUGUGUGGAUUCUUUGGAAGUGGAUUUGCAGCCCCUUUUGUUAUAGUCAGACACCAGCUUCUUAAGAAAUGA